AUGGUCUACGGCCUCGUUGCUCUCUUUCCCUUGCUGCUCGCCGCGUGGCCUGGCGCCGUCUCAGCUGCGACCACAGCCCAGACCGGACUGGACGACGCGAUGAUCGCCAAAGUGAAAGCUAACCUUCGACAAAUCGCCACACACAGCUGGGAGAUAGGCGCCGAGCUCGAGGCGUUGACUGAGCUCGAAUGGCCGACUUUGGCGGUAUUCGAAGGGAGCCUGCCUCCGCCGAGCCAGCUCGUCGCUUCCGACAACGCGACAGACGUGAUAUCCAUCGCAACUCAGGUUGUUAGGAACAUUACCGACCCCUCCGGCCCGCUCAUUGACGGUGACGGCGCUGUUGGCGACCCGGCCAGCAUCGGACAGGCUGUGCUCUUGGCAAACUGGACGCGCACAAACCACAGCGACCUUUCUCUUUCCUACGCUGCCACGAACCAGCUCAACUACCUUCUCGAGGAUGCUCCGCGGUCUCAGCAAGGUGCAAUCUCCCAGCGUGCAGAUCAGGUGCAGCUAUGGGCGGAUUUCGUCUACAUGGCGCCCCCGUUCAUAGCCUACUACGGCGGUAUGCAGGGAGGUGACGAGGGUCUCAGCCUGCUCAAAGAAGCCUACACUCAAUGUGCGCUCUACCGCGAGCACCUCAACAACGAUGGCAGUGGUCUCUGGAAACACAUCGUCUGGGGGUCCGGCACUGACCUCAACCACUGGGGUACUGGGAAUGGCUGGGGUGCCGCAGGCAUGCUCCGUGUUCUCCGGACUAUUCAGCGCUCCGAGCAUGCCAAGACUCUCGCUAGUGAAACAGAAGAUCUCACGACGUGGGUUGACGAGAUCCUAACGGCGGUCUGGAAGUUCCAACACUCGAACGGCACCCUCUUCAACUAUAUUGACCAAGAAGCGACCACUACUUUCGCUGACACCGCCAGCACAGCCCUCCUCGCCGCUUCCUCCUACCGCUACGCCACGCUCACCGGUAAAUUCGAUCACAUCGCCGCCGCGUCCAAGGCCUUCGACCUCAUCAAGGCCAGCCUUACUGACGACGGCUGGCUACUCGGCACGACCGACCCGCUCACCUUCAGCGCACCCUCGAAGGCCGGCACCUUCAGCCCCGAAGGCCAGGCAUUCGUCCUCCUCCUCCAAGCUGCGUGGCGCGACUUCAACGCCGCGCCGAUCACGCAGGUUCGCUGCUCGCUCAUGGCGAUCCCAGGCAUCUCGACGUCCGGUUGCUAG